AUGUAUGGGGACAGUAGUGAUGUUCCUCUCAGCAAGGAUGAGUCAAAUGUCUUACUCGCCGAAAACCGAAAUACAACCAAAUUUAUUGUACUCAUUUCACAUCCGUUGUAUACUCGUCGUCCAAAUGGACACGCUAUUUUGUUAACUGAACGGUUCAGUAGUAUCACUCGAUUGUUGGGUACAUUGGCCAUUAUCCUGCGCUGGUUAAGAAGGCGUCGACACUUUCGUCAACCGGUGAUCGUUGCUCAGGAGUUGGACGAUGCAUUAUACACUAUAAUCUAUUUAGAGCAAGAGGAACAUUUUGCAAAUGAAAUUGGACAAUUGAUGUCUAGUUCAGGUUUGUCAUCUUCCAGUCGGAUAAUACCUUUAAAUCCAUUUCUAGACAAGAACCAAAUCCUCCGUGUUAGGGGACGCAUCCACCAUGCCGAACUAGAGCAUGAUCAGCGAUUCCCGAUUAUUUUGCCAAAGUCAACGCCGUUGGUCAAGCUUUUACUAAAUCAGGCGCAUGAGACUACACUGCAUGGAGGCACGCAACUCAUGCUGAACACUCUUCGUCAACGCUUCUGGAUUCUGAGUGCCAGGCAAGCAGUCAAGAGUUUCAUCCAUAACUGCGCAGUAUGCCGCCGUCAUAGAAGGGAAGUCCUGAAGCAACAAAUGGCUUCUUUACCCGGGCAGAGGAUCAAAGCAGCAAGGCCGUUCAUAUCAUCUGGAGUCGAUUACUGUGGGCCUUUUACGCUACGCAUCGGAACGAAACGCUCUCGAACGCUCAUCAAGACGUACCUCGCAAUAUUCGUAUGCAUGGUUACCAAGGCCGUGCACAUUGAGGAGGUUGAUGACCUAUCAGCACAGUCCUUUUUAGAUGCUUUUACUCGUUUCGUCAGCCGACGCGGUCCCUGCCGGGAUUUAUAUAGUGACAAUGGUACAGCCUUUGUUGGUGCCAACCGACUUUUGAAGAAAGAUCUUGCAGCAUGGCAGGGUGAGAAUAAUCAGCGAUCGUUAGCAGAUUCGGGCACACGUUGGCAUUUCAUCACACCCAGUGCGCCACAUCAAGGAGGCCUCUGGGAGGCUGCUAUCCGCUAA